CUGUCAAAUUGCCAAAGUACGGGAGAGUGGUGAUGAGAAAAAAAACUUUCAGAUCAUUCAUAGCAGCGAAAAAAUAUGAAUGAUCAUAGUGGCAAGCAAAUCUUUUAAAUUAUAUAUCUGAAACAUAUUCGUCUGAGUUUUGUCCUGCCGAUUGUUUCCCUCCCGGGAGCCAUAUCCCAUGUUACAUAACAAAUUAUUGAAGCUGUUCGUUUGUUUUUGAGGAGCACACGUAAAUUUGGUUUGGAGAGGAUAAAAGACGAUUUUCGUUGGUACGAGGUUCGGGAAAAGUUCUGCGGGUUUUCUGUGCAAUACAGAAACUGCUGGGAGGACACAUUUUCCCGAUGGAAGAACCAGUGGACAACAAUUUGUCCACCGCCACAAAUGGAGUUGAUGCGAAUGCUACUUCCACUGCCAGGAGCGGAAAGAAGAAGGCGAAAAGGAAAAAUAAAUCAAAAAAUGUGAGCACAAGUCCGAGUGAAAUUGAGAAGGCCGAAGAUGCUGUAAAUACGAGCCUUGCGGGUGCGAAACAGAACGGUGUGCUGGAGGAACUGCAUGAAAACUCAGCGGAUAAGCUGAGCGUGAAGUUGGAAUAUGCCCUGCAGUUAAACAGAAAUGGUCUCACCAAUGGAACCGUGUCCGGUUCCGAUGAUCACCAAAUGACCAAAACCGAAAUAACGACAACAGUGACAAAGAAGAAACAUAGGAAUAGGCAAAAGUCCAAAUCUCAGCCUGCUGUUGUUAGUGGGAGUGAGCCCAAAUCAGCACAAACUAGCGAAAACUGUGUAAAUAAUAAUGUUCCGGAAAGCAGCAGCUGGGUGUCGAGUGCGCCGAUGCAUUCGACGAACGGAACGGUACCAGUUGCCGAGCCACCGAAGCCCGAAAUCGUCUAUAAAGUGUACGAAUCGGAGUUACAGAUGCCCAGCAUAAUGACCCUCAUUCAGAAGGAUCUAUCGGAACCGUACUCGAUUUACACCUACCGAUAUUUCAUCCAUAACUGGCCAAAGUUGUGCUUUCUCGCAUUGCACGACGAACGGUGUGUGGGAGCUAUCGUAUGCAAACUGGACAUCCAUCGGCAGAACAUCCGGCGGGGAUAUAUUGCGAUGCUGGCGGUCGAUAAGGACUACCGAAAGCUCAAGAUCGGAACCACAUUGGUGCAAAAAGCUAUACAGGCCAUGCUGGAGGACAACGCCGACGAAGUGGUUCUGGAAACGGAAAUCACCAACAGACCCGCGCUUCGACUGUACGAAAACCUAGGAUUCGUUCGGGAUAAACGACUUUUUCACUAUUAUCUCAACGGGGUAGAUGCGCUGCGACUUAAGCUGUGGUUCAGAUGAACUCUGGCAGCUGAAGCGUAGGGAUUUGCUAGCGCUUCUUCGUAUGAUGUAUGAGGAUAUAUACUCUUCUCUAGGUGUGUGUGAAUAAAAAAAACUAUACAUAAAUCGCCGAAAACAUAUUUUCAAACUUGUUCGCAACAAGAGUGGUGAUGACGAAAAUGGCAAUUGCUCGAUAGGAUAUAGGCAAAUAGGAAAUCGAUUCGAUAUGAACUCGGGUGAUUUGUCAGACAGACGUUCUCUUUUUGUACGAUGGCAUCUGAAUAGGCUAAACUAGAUUGCCCUUGUGUACUACUAGUGCAGGAUAUAAUAUUUAAGUUUUAACUUAUACGUUUGGUCCUUCCGGGAACCGCUAGAUAUGUGUCGAUAAUGAAUUACUGCAAGGCAAACUCAAGUAAUAAAUAAAUAAAGAUUUAGAUUUUUUCAAA